GCCCUCGCCUGCUUCGUUGCCGCACAGGUCUUCGCCCCCUGUCUGUCUCCUCUCCUUCCCUUGCUUCUGCUUGAGCUGCCGCUUUGCUGCGGCGACAGAACUACACCUGAAUUCGUAGUGGUAGACUGCAGGUAGCAGUGGCUGAGCUGAGAGACUGUAGGUGCUAGGUGAGAGAGAGAGAGAGAGAGAGAGAGAGUUGAGCGAUGGUGUUCUACUACAAGGCGCGGCCGGACGCCGGUGACUACACCAUCUACAUGGGCGCCGACAAGAACGAGAACGAGGAGCUCAUCAAGUACGGCCACCCCGAGGACGUCUGGUUCCAUGUGGACAAGGUAUCCUCUGCGCACGUCUAUUUGAGGCUCAAGAAAGGCGAGACGAUAGAUACCAUCACCGAGGGCCUACUGGAGGAUUGUGCACAGCUCGUAAAGGCGCAUUCCAUUCAGGGAAACAAGAUGAACCAUGUUGAGGUGGUCUACACGCCCUGGUCUAAUCUCAAGAAGUCCCCAUCCAUGGAUGUCGGUCAAGUUGGCUUCCAUAACCAUCGGAUGGUCCGUAUGUUGACAGUCGAGAAACGUGUCAAUGAGAUCAUCAACAGGUUGAAUAAGACCCGGGUAGAACGCCGACCAGACUUGAAAGCUGAUAAAGAGGCAUCGAAUGCAGCAGAGAAGGCCGAAAGAAAGAUUCAGUUAAAAGAGAAGAAGCGUAGGGAAGAGAUGGAGCGGCUGGAGAAGGGGAGGCAGGCGGAGAUUCGGAGCUACAAGGGCCUCAUGGUCGCCGAGAAGAUGACGUCCAACCGCCAGAUCGCCUCCGCCGGCAAGUCCAUGCAGGAGAUGGAGGAUGAGUUCGUCUGACGAUUCAUGUCAUGUGCGUGCGCGUUUAUGUGUAGUGAUUACGAAUGUGUCUUUGUCCAUGAGCGCGAGAUCUUGAUAAGUAAUUAGUGAUCGAUCGAUUGAUCGUUCGAACAUGUAUAUAUGCCCCGCGCAUGGACACAUACCUAUCUAAUAUACAUAUUAUUAUUUGA